AUAGACGUAUUUUUAUCUGAAUUUUAAUGUGACGAAGUGCAGAAGCUAAUCAAAUCACACGGCCACAUUUGGGAGCCAUGUUGGUCUCAUUACUCAAACAAACUCGGUCGUAGUUUUCCGCACUGCUCUUGAUAAGCCAUAUGUAGAUAACUUUAAAAAUUCUAUAAAAAAACUUAAUAAAUACAUAUUUUACCUAUGCAACCAACUGCAAAAAAAAUCGGAUGAACUUCCUACUCCCGCAAAGGCAUAAAGUGCAUCUUCGGGCCGGCUCGGCGGGAAAACGAGCUCUUGUGAUUGGUUAUUAUUUCUCUACGGAAGCAACCGAACAGGUGCUUGUGCUUUACAAUAUGGCUGCGCCUAUGAUUCCACAUGUCGAAGUGGACACAAAGUACAUAAACAGAAACCUUUUUCUUUAUUUAAUCUCUGAACACAUUCUCGGUGUUUUAUAAUACAAUCUGCGCUGUCAAACACACUACAUUUAAUAGUUUUAUAUAUGAUUCACAUGUAAAUCACAACAAUGUGACCACAAACGCUUCCCACCGGCGAGUUUAGCGUGGGUAUUUCACCGAUAGAGGGCCAUUCAUUCGCAUGUAGUAACUUUUCAUUCCCAUAGGUGGGAGAGAGUGCUCCAUGCAUGAUGACGUCUGCCAGUUGUCUGCGUUAGUAGUGUGCUGAAUGCAUUGAGAAUUGAUUCUGAGCAUCUUGUAUUUGUGUCUACUGAGUACACGUGGUCCAGGCGAUACUGGGCUCAUGGAACGGCGGAAUAUCCAGAAGUAACAAUACAAUGGAGGUGGAGGAGAAAAAGGGUAUAUUUCAUACCUGGUAUGACAGAAUCUGUCAAACCCUGAAAGAUGGCAGCCAGUUGCAGGAAAUUUCAGCUGCCUUUGGCCAACAAAAAAGUGACGAAGAAAGAUUUUCCUUUGUGUGGGAUCUUCCUUGCCUUCAUGAAACAAUUCAAGUAGAACCCUCUCUUAGCUUAAAAUCAUCAGAGACAUCAACUAAACUAAGAAAGAAAGGGAAUCAGUUGUUUCAGAAGAAAUUCUAUGCAAAGGCACUGGAGGCUUACAAUGAAAGUGUUAUUAUUGCACCUCCCGUUUGUGAUAAACCCGGUGAAAGUGAUCUGUCUCUGGCAUUGGCCAACAGAUCUGCUGUUUUAUUCCAUAUGCAAGAAUAUUUCCUUUGCCUCAAGGAUAUUGAACAGUCUUUGGAAAAUAACUACCCUGAUGAGCUUAAGUAUAAACUAGAAGAAAGAAAGGGAAAAUGCUAUAGCAAGCUGAAGGAAAAGGGCAAGGCAUGUGAGAGUUUUCAUACAGCAAAGCAACUGGUUGAGCUUAGUACUGCUGAUAGUAAGAAAAAACAAUCGCUUAUACAAGAAAUUGAGAAGCAGUUAAAACAAUUAGAUAUUUCCUCACCGGACAGUGAGUGCCCUGCAGCUGACUCAGUUGAUGAUUCAAUGCCCAUGCCUGUUUUAUCUCAUGGACAGAGCCAGAAGUACUUGUCAGCAUCCAGUGCCUUAGAUGUGACCACUGCCCCUACACUAGGCAGGUUUCCAGUGGCCACUUGUGACAUACAAGUUGGAGACACCCUUGUGAUAGAGAAACCAUUUGCCUCGGUGUUACUGAAACCAUACAGUGUUAGCCAUUGUCACAGCUGUUUCAAACAACUUGUGGCCCCCAUACCCUGCAGUGAGUGCAGCACUGUUAGAUACUGCAGUCAGGAAUGCAAACAGUCUGGAUGGUUGAGGUUUCAUCAGUUUGAAUGCCCUUACUUGGACACUAUUCAGCAGAGUGGCAUUGGUGGCAUGGGUCACCUAGCUUUAAGAGUGGUGCUUGUGGCAGGUUAUGAGUUUCUGUUAGGAUUCAGAGAACUAGUCCAACACAAGGGGGUGGGCGAUUGUUGUGAAUUAGAUUGGGGUCUCGAUGAGAAAGGGCAGUAUAGGUCGGAUAACUAUACAACGAUCUACAACCUUGUCACUCACUCAGAAGACAGAGCAGUGAAUGAUCUAUUUCGUCGCACCAUCAUGUCAGUUUUCCUUCUAAAAUGUCUGCAAAAGUCGCCAUUUUUCCAGGAAAAAGAUGUGGACAAAUCUAUUCUUUGUUAUUUCGGUGGAUUGAUUUUACGUCAUUUGCAAAAUUUACCUUGCAAUGCUCACGAAAUCUCAGAACUGGAGCUUGACCCUGAUAAUGUAGCUACUUCAACAACUAAGGAAAUAGGUGCUGCCAUCUAUGCAAUGAUGAGCUUGUUCAACCACUCGUGUGAUCCUGCAGUGACCAGGAAUUUCUUAGGAGACGUGUGUAUAGUUCGUGCCAUACGGAAUGUGCCAAAGGGCAGUGAAGUGUCCGAUAAUUAUGGUGCUUUAUGUGCCAUAUCAGCUACCCCAGAAAGACGUGCAAAGCUUAAGGAACAAUAUUAUUUCAUUUGCCAGUGCCAACCCUGUGCUGAGAACUGGUUGCAGUAUGAUCAACUCCCAAACACAGUUCCCAUUUUCAAAUGCGGUAGUUGUGCGGCCCCAUUGCUUCUCAACGCAAUGUCGGGAGUCACCUCUAAGUGCAUUAAAUGUAACAAAGAGCAAAAUCUUACAGCUAAGGUCCAGGUUUUGAAAAGAUCUGAGCAGCUUUUUAGUAGUGCAAUGGAAAAAUUACUGCGGAAUGCAGAUGCAAAAACGGCACUGCCCAUAUUGCUUAGUCAUAUUAGACUGCUAGAGAAGCUGGUGGUUAGACCCUGGCAGGAUUAUAAUAACUGUCAAGAAGCUAUAAAACAAUGCUACAGCAUUAUGGGGAACUGCUCCAGAGUUUAACUGAACCUUUUUGUAAUUUUGAUUUUUAUUAUACCCACUUUCAUUAAAUUCUUAGCAGAUUUUUAGAAUUCGGGGCGCAAAUGUUAUGUGAAGGUAAUGUCGCCAAUAGAUUCCGUUUUUUGUUUUCGAAAGAAUUUUCAAUUUUUAGCAUUUUCCCCAUCCCUUGUGUGGGAACUGUUUUCAGUUUCAUCAUUUGCCAACCCCGCAAUAA